AUAUUAUACAACACGUGGAUGACAAUCUUAGAUCUGUUGGAUUCAGUCAGAAAAAAAAGAUCUAAUCUCCAGCAGCUGAAGCUUAAGUUGAAGCUUUAUUCAGUUUGGGUCAAUCAAUGUUUGGUUGAGAGACUCCUUGCAUAAUUUCUAAUUGGGAUUCGACUUUAUCAGGCGAGUUGUCUUGUUGAGUGGGCUUCAAUUGAGAGGGACCAUACUAACUUAAUGACCUGGGCCAUCCACGAUUUGCAGGCUAGUACUCUCCGGAUUCCAGUUGCUGAAGGAACAAGGGUAGAUAUUAGAUCUGUAAAAGGAGCUGUAUGCUCUGCUGAUAAUGUGAUGAAGGCUAUGACAUCCUCUUUACGCCCCAUUCUCCAUCAGGUAGAGAGUAUGAACUCCUUGGUAGCGGAACUUGCUGAUGUUGCAGCACGUGAAAGAGCCGUGCUUAAUGAGUGUGAAUCACUUUUUUGUUCCAUAGCUGCUUUGCAGGUUGAAGAAGGCAGCCUGAGAAGUCAUCUUUUGCAAAUGAAGCAAUCUUGGAGAGGUGACCAACUUUCCCUAUUUUGGUACUAAGAUGAUUUCAAGUACGAUGAUGCAUGCUAACACACCUCGAUUUCGAUUUUUGUAUAUGAAAUACUGUACAACAUCAUCUCUAUCCUCCUUAGUGAAUGUAUAUCAAUGUUUCUACUUAAUAAUAUUUCUUUUAUUUUUUUUA